UCAAUUACAAAAGUCUUGACUCUUGAGUUUAAUUUUCCAAUUUAUUCACGCCUAUUUGAUCGAUCGAUUCUAAAAAGUUCAGCAUUAUUUCUACAUAUUUCUUAAGUUUUUUUCAUUCGAAUACGGGUUUUCGAGUGCAAGUACAAUGAAAUUUAAGCUCAAGCCUUGUAACGCUGCCAAACACAGCCCAACAAGUUCACUGGAAAUAGAUGUUCGUGAAGAGUAUGCUAAUGCGUUUAGAACACAAUCCUACAUUGACUUUUGGACUCGAGUCCUUGACUUGGCCCAUGGUGGUUCAACCAUAAACCAAACCGUUAGCUCCGUUGCUGCAGCCCGGCUCCCGUCCUAUCGACUAUUUGCCGAAAACCUACUCGACCCCGAUCAACCCACGGUCACCCGAAUCCUUACCUUGGCUAAACACAAAACCGAAAACCACUCCCUCUUGUCCGAUUACUUCUCCGAAACCGCCAACGCUUUCCUUGUUUGUGGGUCCCUUUUACAAGAUAUCGACCGUUUGCGAACCAAAUACCGGUCUUUAAAAACCGCUUUAAAGUCUAUGGAAACUACGAAAGUAUCAUUCGUAGGAAGUUGUCCGAUUAUAGAAGCUCGGUUAGCCGACUUCUCUAACGCGUUUAACCCGUUUAUGAUCCCCACAUCUUCUCCUCGCGGAGUUCAAUCGGUUCAAGCUGCAUGCUUUAACUUACUUAAACGGCUUGAGCUGAGCCGCGACAAGGCUCAAGCCAAGCUCAAAAGGAUCAACAAUAUUAAACACGGCUCAGCCGUUACUCUAGUGGCUUUAACUGUUUCUGUUACUGUGAUCAUCGUGACUCACGCUCUCGCGGCUCUUGUGGCUGCUCCCGGGAUUAUAGUUGCAUCAAUGGAGUUCGGUUCGAGUGGUAAGCUGGCUAAGUUGUAUGCUCAGCUUGAUGUCGCGGCUAAGGGGACAUAUAUAUUAAAUCGUGAUCUAGACACGGUGAGCCGAUUAGUGGCUCGGCUAAGUGAUGAGCUUGAGCAUAUGCAAACAUCAACCAAGUUUUGGCUCAAGAGAGGACACAAACGGGUUCAAAGUAUCGAAGAAUUCGGUCGACAACUGAAGAAAGAUGAUACAAGCUUUCGCGAACAACUUGACGAGUUAGAGGAGCAUUUGUACUUGUGUUUCAUGACCAUCAAUCGAGCAAGAAACCUCGUUAUCAAGGAGAUUUCAGUUAAAUAUAGACUAGAACAUCAUUCGGUAACGAUGUUUGAAGAAGCGUCAUGAAAAAUGAUAAAUGAAGUCUCUCUGUCAACGGAUACAAGAAGAUCAAUCAAGACUAACUAUAUAACACAAUAGAAGGAACAAAGGGAAUACAACAUCAAAGUAAAGGAAACAUAAGAAUAACACUUGGUGUGUUUGGAAAAUUUAAGGCAUUUGAUGAUGGCUUUGCUAGCCUUAGAUUGUAUAUAUGUUAAUUAACUUAUUAUAUGUACACAUGUAUUAUUAUUUAUUAUGUUAUUUGAAUAUGGUUGUUUGUCAUUAA